AAGACUGAAUGUAUGCCUAUACUGUCAGUUACUCCACUAGUAUUUUCCCCUCAACUUAUCUCAAAUCAUUGAAAAACGAGUGUCAACAUGCCAUAAACGUAGCUGCUCUCAGAUACAUUUACUGGGGGCUUGAUGUUAGAAGCAAAGCUGGAGCCUAUGACCCAACAUGCGGUUAGUCAAGUCAAGAAUGAGGAAAGGCGUUCAUGUUGGAAAUGAACAAGCCCACACGGAACACAGAGGACUCAUUUCAAGUCGGCUCUGUUAUUCUCCAGCCAUGGGAACAUUUUUAGACCGUCCAGUGAUACUUUUUCUCUUUUUGUCAUUGGCAUCAAACGUUUACGGUUCCAACAUCUGCACAACACGAGGAGUCACCACUUGUCAACAGUGCUUGGCUGUUCACCCUACCUGUGCAUGGUGCUCUCAGGAGGAGUUUGGGAAGGGGGGAUCCAGCGCGUCCCGCUGUGACCUGAAGCAGAAUCUGCUGAAUGGAGGGUGCAGUAAGGCAGCUCUGGAGUUUCCCUCCAGCACCCUGACUAUUCAGGAGGAUGCACCGCUCAGCGACAAGGCCUCUGGAACUGCUGACGACGUCACUCAGAUAAAGCCUCAGAAACUCCAUAUAACACUAAGACCAGGUGAUGCCAAGCGUUUCACCGUGUCAGUGAAACAGGUGGAGGAUUACCCAGUGGACCUCUACUAUCUGAUGGAUCUUUCAUUUUCAAUGAAGGAUGACUUGGCUCGCCUUCGCACCUUGGGCAAUGAGCUCGCUGUGACAAUGGGCCGCACAACAAGCAACCUACGCAUGGGGUUUGGAGCGUUUGUGGACAAGACCACAUCCCCUUACAUGUACACCUAUCCCGCAGAGGCAGUGAAAAACCCUUGCUAUGGCAUUAAUGAUAAAUGCCAGGCUCAAUUCGGGUUCAAGCAUGUGCUGUCACUGACGGAGAAGGUAGCUCGCUUCACUGAGGAGGUGGAGAAACAGCAGGUGUCUAGAAAUAGAGAUGCUCCAGAGGGUGGAUUUGAUGCUGUCAUGCAGGCUGUGGUGUGCAAGGAGAAGAUUGGCUGGCGUCCAGGUGCCUCACACCUUCUGGUGUUCACCACUGAUGCCAAAACUCACAUUGCUCUGGAUGGACGUAUAGCUGGAAUUGUCCAGCCCAAUGAUGGACAAUGUCACCUUGAUAAUGACAACAUUUACAACAAAUCUACCGUGCUGGACUAUCCCUCCUUGGCACUAAUGACAGAGAAAAUGUCUGAAAACAACAUAAAUUUAAUUUUUGCUGUGACCAGCUAUGUAGUGUCCCUCUACAAGGAGUAUAGUCAGCUCAUUCCAGGGACAACUGUGGGAACACUGUCUGAUGACUCUGGGAAUGUUAUUCAGCUCAUUGAGGAGGCUUAUGCGAAAAUCCGCUCUAGAGUGGAGCUGGAGCUACUGGAAGUCCCAGAAGAGUUGAAUCUCUCCUUCAAUGCCACCUGCCUAAAUGGAGAGGUCAUCCCUGGACUCAAGUCCUGCUCUGGCCUUAAGACUGGGGACACAGUGUCAUUCAGCGUGGAGGCUCAGUUACGUGGCUGCCCUAAAUAUAAGAGCCGCACUUUUACCAUCAAACCUCUAGGCCUUAAGGAUUCCCUGGAGGUCACGGUGGAUUUUGCCUGCGGCUGCGACUGUGAGGCAAAGGCUGAAGCCAACAGCCCCCUCUGUAGCAACGGCAAUGGGACCUACGAGUGCGGCAUGUGUCAGUGUUACCAGGGUCGUCUGGGCCCACGAUGUGAGUGCUCAGUGGAGGACUACAGUCCAUCUGAUGAUGUAAACUGCAUCCCGAAGCCAGGGAGCCCAAUCUGCAGUGGGAGAGGCAACUGUUUGUGCGGACAGUGCUCCUGCCAUGCAAAUGAGUUUGGUCAGGUGUGGGGCAAAUAUUGCGAAUGUGACGACUUCAACUGCUUGCGCUUUAAAGGGGCACUGUGCUCUGAUCAUGGGAAGUGUAACUGUGGGUUCUGCCAGUGUGAUGCUGGAUGGAAAGGAGAAAACUGUAACUGCACCACACGCACAGACACCUGCAUGUCCAGCAUCGGCCUACUGUGCAGCGGCCGGGGUCACUGCGAGUGUGGGGUUUGUCAAUGUACUCAGCCUGGUGCCUACGGAGCUACCUGUGAGAAAUGCCCCACCUGUCCUGAUUCCUGCACUAUAAAAAAGGAGUGUGUUGAGUGUCAGCACUUCAAGAGAGGACAGUACACUGAAGACAACAGCUGCAGUAGAAUCUGCAAAGAUGAAAUUAAAGUAGUGGAUGAACUGGUUUUCCAUGAUAGAAAUGCAGUGAAUUGCUCAUACAAAGACGAGAAUGACUGCGUGGAGCACUUCCAGUAUUACGAAGAUGAAAGUGGCAAAUCCAUUCUCUUUGUGGUAAAAGAGCCAGAGUGUCCUCAGGGUCCAGACAUCUUGGUGGUGCUCUUGGCAGUGGCUGGAGCCAUUCUGCUACUGGGCCUUGUUGGCCUGCUCAUCUGGAAGCUGCUGGUCACUAUCCAUGACCGCAGAGAGUUCGCCAAGUUUGAGGAGGAGAGAGCCAAAGCCAAAUGGGAUACGGCUAACAAUCCUUUGUAUAAAGGAGCCACCUCCACCUUCACCAAUGUAGCGUACCGAGGCAACUAACGACUAAAUGCAAUGAGAAAAACUCAGGGGUCAGAGACAGAGAUGGAAUGUAGUAGCAGAGAUGGAUGGAAAGAAGAUCCUCUACACUGUCAGGUGACUGGCUACUGCAGCUGAAAAGUAGUUAUUGCUGUCAUCAACUGUAUAUUGUAAAAAUAGUUAAAACUGUUAAUGCAAGUCACAGAUGGUUGCCUGCUAUUGUGCUUAUUGUUUUUACAUUAAGUAAUGUCUAGUACUCUAAGUACUGUACAUGCAAUCAGAUAAGAGUUCAUUAACAUAAAGAACUACACUGUCAGUUUACAGUCAAGGGAAUUGCUGCUUAAAGUCUGUCACUUUUGUGGUAUUUUUAGGAGGCUUUUCUACCACUGCAAUAUUUGUUAAGAUUCUUUAGUAUUACUUUUUAGUUUUGCUCACAUUUUAAAGUAGAAAUAGGAAUCACCAUCACCUAAUAGUAAUAAGUCGGUAUAGAGAAUACAUUAAUGAAGGGUUUUCUGUGGUCCUCUUCUGUGUUGUCUACCGAGUUUGAUGUAUUAUUUACACCUAAGCCUUGUGUUUUGAAAAUUUUAUUUGAGUGCAGGUGCAGCCUAUUUUAAAGUUCCCUUUUCACUAAAUUGAAAAGGGCAAUUCCAAAUGAACAGCAAAGUUUACUAGUAUGUCUAAAAUGGAGCACUCUGUUAACUGUAAAAAAGAGUAAAACCCCUUAACUACAGCCUAGGCUGACUUGGUUUACAGUGAUAGUUGUGGACUAUAUUGUUUUUAAAAUGCAUAUCAGCAUGGUAACUUUAUAAAUACUUUGACAUGUUUCUUUAUCCCUGCAUUAUUACCUGUUGUGUUUGUUGGGUUUUUUUAUUCUUCAUUUUAUUUGUAAAAGUGUAUGAAAUAAUUGUGAUCUGUGUUGCCAUUGCUGAAUUGUAAAUUGUUUGAUUUAUUGUAAUUUUCUCCUGACUUGCACUGUGUUAAACUAUAUAUCCCAUAUUCUUUAUUUGUGAGCAGAUUUUAUUGCACAUCAAAUGAUAUUGGCCAUAAUGUCCUGUAAUUGUUAAAACGGACAGACUUGCUCUUUUGUAACCUCUAUGUGGGAGAAAAGAGUACAAUGUGAGGUGUAUUUUGGUUGCUCCGAUCGUCUCUCAGGACAUGACCUGCCAGCCCAUUGCAUAGAUGUCUGGGUUUUUUUUGCAACAUUUCUAAAGAUGCCUUGGGUUUUGCUCUCUAUAGUUUGUUACACAGAGGGAAUACAUAAAGAUUCAUUUUACCUGACUUCUGACUUCUUCUUACUUGACAACUUUUGUGUGAUGCUUGACAUUUGGGUUCUUUAAACAAAUGUCAAAGCGGCUUUUACCCUUUAUUAAGAUCAGACUUACAAAAGCCUAAAAGACAAGUUAGUUGAGAUUCAUAUUUCAGAUACAAAGCAAUAAGUUGUCUAAAAUUUCUGAAAAGGAAAAUUUCUGUAUUCACUCUGUGUGACAUUGAUUGGGAUUACAUUUUGGAUGAACAUUAUAAUAAAAAUCAGAGAUGGCCUGUGUGAUUUCA